GAUGUGAUAUGUGCAAACAUCCUUGUUGAAAUGUUGGGGUAAGUCCCUUGAUUUGGUAAUCCUUGUGUUAAUGUUUCUCCGGGUAACUUAAUUAUAACUUUUUUGUAGAUUUGAAUAUGACAUUUUGCAGAUUUUGUUCAUGAUGAGAGGUAUAUUUCUGAUGAUAUUCAUUCAUUGCGUUUCUGAAGGUUCGUUAGGAGCGUACACAACAACAGAUGCGACAAACAUCCAUAAUGCUGUUCUUGGUCCCUCUUACAACAAAUAUGUGAGACCCUCUGACGUCACAAACACCAGCAUUGAAUUUGUCCUUUUCUCUCUCAAUGAUCUGGACAUGAAAAGUCAGACUAUGUCCACUUCCGGUUGGAUGACAGUCAAAUGGGAAGAUCCUCGCCUUGUAUGGUCAAAAGCUUCAAACGGCGAUAUAGAAUACAUAUACAUUAAACAGGACAAAAUAUGGCGUCCAGAACUUAUCAUUGACAACUCAGUUGGAGGUAUGGAUCCAAUUGGCAAUGACGAAAUAUUCUUCAGAGUGAAGAAUACUGGAGAGGUACGUUGGGACCCCCCGGGACUUUUUAUUACACAUUGCGAUAUUGACAUUGCGUAUUUUCCAUUCGACUACCAAAUGUGUAAGAUUGAAGUCACUAGUUUUGCCUUCACAACAGAGGUACUGACUUUAAACAAAAGCCAUGACAAGGUCAAUACGGAGAAUUUUAACGAAAAUGGGGAGUGGAUCUUAUACUCAUCACGAGUAGAGGAGUGGGUAUUGGAAGAAAAUGGUGAGACAUUUUCGGAGCUGGAGUUCCAGAUCGUUUUCCAACGGCGCCCAUGGUAUUACCUGACCAACACUGUAUACCCUGUGAUACUGAUUUCUCUGCUGACAAACUUAAGUUUCCUCUUACCAACGGACUCCGGAGAGAAGAUUUCCUACACGUUGACAGUUCUGUUAGCUCUGGUAGUGUUACUGAUGCUUGUCGGAGACAGCAUGCCCGCUGCCUCAAAACAUACUCCUAUCAUAGGAAUUUACAUAUCCAUAAUACUGAUGAUGGCCGCACUAGGUAUAUUCAUCACAGUGUUAAACCUCCGUCUCUAUCUCAACACUGACCAAUCAAACGUACCAAAAUGGCUUCAACGUUUCACAUUCAGUGUGCUACUCAAAAUUAACUGUAAAAGCAAGAAGGUGAAAGACUCAAAGUUACACCAACUUGACACCAUAGAAGACAAAACGGAAUUACCACAAACCAAUGAAGGAAGAAAAUCACUGAAGCGUAUGAUGAGACAUCACUCACAAAUUCCUGCGGUCCAGACAGAGUUAGAUUUUCCGUUCCAGUGUAAAGAAGUGUCCGUUUUUCUGGACGUUUUCUUCUUUUGGCUGUUCAAAAUAAUGAACUUCAUUGUAACGGUGGUUUUGUUAAUUAUCGUAGCUGUAUGUGAUGUUCCUCCAGUCUGAAAGCAAAUCUUUUCAAUUUCUUCCUUUGCUUUAUCAAAUUUUGUCCAUUGUCUAUCGUUGCCGUUGUCCUAACCUUUUUUUUUUACAUUUCCAUCUUCCACUUAGCCAUUUUAAACCACACUAGCCACAAAGUAUCCUUAAUGAAAGGGAUUCAAGUUUUUUCAGCCUUGCCCUCUUCCAAGAGGAGAUAUAUAUGAAUUGUUGGAAAACUAAUGGCAUUUUUGAAAAACAUCUUCUUCUCAAAAACCACUAGGCCAAGAAAGAUGAAACUCAUGUGGAAGCAUCCUCACAGUAGUGGUGUUGAUUCAAGUUUGUUUAAAUCGGGGGUAGGGUGGGGGCACAAUGGUCGAUCAAAGUUUUUAUAGGAAUGAAUAUGAAAAUCUUCAAUAAUCCUCUUUUCAAGAGCAGUAAAGCCAUGAUAAGUAUGAACGAUCAAUGUUAAACAUAAGGAUGUAUAGAGGAAAUCUUUAAAGAUCUUCUCCAAAAAAGCAAAGCCAUGAUUGCUUAUAUCUAUAUGGAAGCAUCAUCAGGUGGUGUAGAUUCAAGUUUGUUCAAAUCAUGACUCCCCCGGAGGUAGGUCUGGGCAACAAUGGUUGAUCA